AUGGCACUGCUCGACAUUCCCACGAGCGAGUUCCUUGCGCAUCCAUGGAUGGCGACAGCGACAUCUAUCGUGCUGCUGAUCUUAGCCCGCACAGUACAUCGUAUCUACUUCCACCCGCUAUCUCAUAUCCCCGGGCCUUUCUUUUCCAGUGUAUCCUCAUUAUGGCUGCACUAUCACGCAUACAUCGGGGACGAAGCCAGUAGCAUUCACCGUCUCCACCUCCAAUACGGUCCAUACGUUCGCGUGGCGCCAAACGAAGUCGACAUCAGUGAUGCAGAUGCCGUCCAGCCAAUCUACGUAGCAAAGGGCGGAUUCUCCAAGGCGCCGUGCUACGCCAAUUUUGAUAUCGACGGCCACAAAACCAUCUUCUCGACUACAAGCCACGACUACAGAGCUCCAAGGGCUAAAGCUGUCGUACAGUUAUUCUCGACGAAAUGCUUGCGAGAAAACAGAGAUGCGAUUUCAGGUUGUGUGGAUCGGAUGGUGAAGAGACUGGGCGAAGAAGCCGUCUCUCAGAAGCCGGUCAACGUGUUGAACUUGACGAGAGCGUUAGCUGUCGAUGCAGUGUCGACCCACCUGUUCCGCGAGAACUACGACGGAGUAAGCGAGAGCGGGCCAACUUUGAGUGUGAGCGCAUUCGUCGAUGCUUUUGUGGCCGUCGGGCGCUUCUUUUAUUUGCCAACGACAGUGUUCAUUUGGUUGGAGUGGGCAAUAGGGAAAUGGAUGGCCAAUCAAGAAACGGAAGAAAGUAUGAUGCUCGUCGACAAAUUUGUGAAAAGCGUGGUCUCAUCCACGUCAACUCAGUCGGAAACGUAUCCGGGCCGAUUGAUGGCCGCAGGAAUCGGUAACUCAGAGGUGGAAGCGCAGUGCAAGGAUCUGCUUUUCGCAGGAACCGACUCGACAGGGAUGAAUCUGGCGACUAUCAUAAGAGGUCUUUUGAUACACCCCGAGAAGUAUGAGAGGCUGAAACGAGAGGUGCAUAACAACGCAGCACUCGGCGCUAGAGCUCAAGAUGUCCAAGCUCUACCUUAUCUUACUGCAGUCGUCAAGGAAAGCCUUCGUAUUAGCAUGGCGAACCCCACACGUUUGCCCCAUGUGGUACCAGCAGGUGGCUGGAUGUUCAAGAAUACAUUUUUCCCAGCAGGCUCGAUAGUAGGAUGUUCUGGUUAUGAGCUUCACUUCAACCCGGUGAUCUUCUAUGAGCCACGGGAGUUCAUACCCGAGCGUUGGCUGGAGGCAACCAAAGACAUGUCGAAGUACUGGUUCGCUUUUGGAGCAGGCAGUCGAGCAUGCAUAGCCAGAAACUUGGCAACUUUGGAACUGCACCUUGCAACAGAGAGAUUGGCUAGCAGCAAUGUCCUUGAGGGCGGACAAGUGGUACAAGAAGGCGACGUUGAGAUCUACGAGUGGUUCAACUCCAAAGUCAAAGGUGAAAAGAUUGAGAUUGUCUGGAACUAA